ACUAGUCUGUGCAAGGAUUAGAACUCGCGAUCAAGGCCCCAACUCCUGUUCACAACCACAAUGAAGUUUCUUCCCAUUAGCUUUCUCAUCUUGGCUUUAGCAACUGUCGCUGCUUUAGCUUACGACCCGAGUCCUCUUCAGGACAUAUGCGUGGGAACCAAUGAUAUGGAAUCUGGAGUAUUUGUGAAUGGAAAGUUCUGCAAGGACCCAAAAGAAAUCACGGCUAAUGAUUUCCUCUUUAUGAGGUUUAGAACUCCUGGAAACACAUCGAAUCCGCUCGGAUCAAAAGUCACACAGGCUUUUGUCGACCAAUUUCCAGGACUCAACACUCUUGGAAUAUCCAUGGCUCGCAUUGACUUCGCUCCCGGCGGCCUAAAUCCUCCCCACAGUCACCCUUGUGGCACUGAGGUUCUGGUCGUGGUGGACGGUAUGCUACUUGUUGGCUUUGUCACAUCCAACCAAUUAAACAACAAACUCUUCACUAAAGUCCUGUACAAGGGGGACGUGUUUGUGUUCCCUAUUGGUCUCAUUCACUUCCAGUUGAAUAUCAAAAACACGUAUGCGCUGGCCUUUUCCGGUCUUAGCAGCCAGAACCUGAUGUUACAGAACCCAGGAAUCAUUACCAUUGCUAAGGCUGUCUUUGGAGCGAAGCCAUCCAUUUCUGCUGAUGUUCUUACCAAGGCCUUCCAAGUGGACAAGAAGGUUGUUGACUACCUCCAGGCGCAGUUUUGGUACGACAACAACUAAAUGAAUCUAUCAUAAGUUACACAAAAAUAAUUGAAUUAUGAGAGUUACGAGAUUAAUCUUAUUUCCAUAAGUGGUUGCUUUUGACACAUACUAAACUACA